UCCUCCCACAUUUAACCCAGGACAGAUGAGAAGGGAGUUUGACAUUGGAGAGUUCAGGACAAGAGGAGGGACAAGGGCUGAUCGCUGGCAAUCACUUCACUUAGUGCUCAAUGAGACAGCGGCCAACACACAGACUCACACUCUCUCAGGGCUAUCAGGAGGUCUCUGAGCCGCAGCCACUCAGCCAGGUUGUUCUAUUGGCCGGUGGGAUCGCAGCUUGUGCAUAGAAGGAGAAAGCCUUACUCAUCAACACUUUCAUCAUCAGCUCUCACACACCAAGCGCUGCCUUCAGCCCAACACAACGUCAUUUUGGAAGCGAGAGAGCGAGAGAAAGUGAUCCUCCCAGGUUGGGAAGUAGCUCGCAUUCUUACUCUGACUUUGCGCUCUGACUUUGCGCUCUCUCUCUCUCCUGAGCGCUCAAGCUGACAGCGCUGCGCCUACAUCUGCGCCUUGGGACCGGGGGGCCGGCACAGCACUGGGACAAUUGUCAGCGCAUCUCGGCUGUUUCUUUUCUCACUUGGAGGCAAGUGGCAGGGGAGCCGUGUGAGCUCCGCACCAGCUGUAGCGCCGGAGGGAUUGUACCGAUACGCCAGGGGGCUGCUCUCAGGCUCUCCCCAUCACUAUCAUUACUAUUAUUGUUAUUAUCAGCAUCAUUAUUUGGGAAGUCGCUGCGUCUGUUUCGGACAAGGAGUGCAGCGUGUUUCUACUCACCCCCCCCGUCUCCCUGGCUGUGGCUCGGUGCCCUCUCUUCCAGACUCGGCUGCCUGGCCAAGGGGAUGGGCGGAGGGAACUGCGGGAGCUCCCGGGACUAGGAAACGGCAGCGCUGCACCUUCCCCUGCUACCAGCCGGGCAGCUCAUCGGCCGAGCAGCCGCUCCACUGCAAUCCGACUCCCUGGGACUAUCGGGCAGCCCGACAGGCAGAGGCACCCAGCAGGGCAGGAUGAGCUACAUCACCUCCAUCCUGGGCUAUCUGUUACUGCACUUGUUUGUCAUCUGCCUACAAGCCCAGCAUGUGAGGGAGCAGAGCCUGGUGACCGACCAACUAAGCCGACGGCUCAUCCGAACCUACCAGUUGUACAGUCGGACCAGUGGCAAGCAUGUGCAAAUCUUGGGGAACAAGAAGAUUAACGCCAUGGCAGAAGACGGCGACCCACAUGCCAAGUUAAUCGUGGAAACAGAUACGUUUGGAAGCAGAGUUCGCAUUAAAGGUGCGGAGACUGGUUACUACAUCUGCAUGAACAAAAAAGGAAAGCUGAUUGGGAAGACUAGUGGGAGGGGCAAAGACUGCGUCUUCUCGGAAAUUGUCCUUGAGAACAACUACACAGCUCUGCAAAAUGUCAAGUACGAAGGCUGGUACAUGGCUUUCACGAGAAGAGGCCGCCCUAGGAAAGGCUCCAAGACAAGGCAACAUCAAAGGGAAGUCCACUUCAUGAAGAGGUUGCCGAAGGGACACCACACCACAGAACCUCAUAAACGUUUUGAGUUUAUUAAUUACCCUUUUAAUAGAAGGAGUAAAAGAACUCGAUACUCAAGUUCUCGGUAGGACACGGUUUCUCACUACGUUCCAUAGACUUCAGCAAACAGACUACUCUAUUCUAAUAUAAAAUAAGAAUAAAAAAGAAAUCAUGAACUGGCUGUUUUAUAUAUAUAAAUAUACAUAUAUAUAUUUUUUUGUUUUUACAAAAGAUGAUCUAUUUUUUUAUUCCUAUGAACUUUUUUUUUUUUUUUUUUAAAGAAAAGCGGAUGAAAUGUACGGACUUACAAAAAAAUGUGCUCUUCAUAUAGAUUUUAGUUGUUUUUUUUUAAUAACUAGCAAACAAAUGUUGUAGGUGAAGGCGGACCUGGGACCAAAAGUGCUACUUACAGACAAAAACACUUAACCAAAAGAUAAAUAAGGAACCGGUACUGGAAAACGGAAGAAGAACCUCGAGCAGGGUUCUUUUUUAUUUGUUCAAUUCUCUAAACUCCUUUUGCGGAAGAGUUGGGGUUUUUAUUAUAAAUGCUUUUGAUUAUUUUUAAGAGCUGCUUUUUCAUCGAUUCAGUUUCCUUAAUGGAAACGUAGAAUGACCUGGUUGAAACAGGUUUCCGUGAUGAGCAAGAAUAUUAUGUUGUUGUUUUUUUUCUGCCAACAAGGACAAAUCAUCUUUGACAUAAAAAAAAAAAGACCUCAAGACGUGCAACUGCAUGACGAUGAAAUGAAAUGCAUCCCAGUGGUAGGAAACAGUUGUAAGAAAUAGUGAUGAACAGUAAUAAUAUUGUUAUUAUUUUUAAAAAAAACACUGUACAAAUGUCAGUUGUCUGGCAAGACCUUUGUCCUUUUUUUCAAGGAUAUGUGUACAUAUUAAUAUUAAUGAUGGAAAUAUUUAUUUAAAUGUGUAUUAAAAUUUGUACUAGUAUUA